AUGUCGGACCCGCUCUUCCUGGGCGACGAGCUCAUCUCCUCCCAACACCUGAUCGGGGCCACCAAGUGGGAAAAAGUGUCGGGCGAGGAAAUCGUCUCGCACCACCAGUCGCGCGCCGCGCACCAGCGGUUCGAGGACGUGCGGCGCAAGGAGGUGGCCGUCAAGGGCCACGGGCAUGGGACGGUGACCACUUUUUACAAGAAGAUCGAGGGCCAGUGGAAGUGGGCGGGCAUCAAGACAAAGGUGAUUUGGAAUGAGUUUGAUUUUGAACACGUCUUUAGGGGCACGGCGGGGAAGGAGGAGUGA